AUGGUUUUAGCUUUGAAAUCUGAUACUGAUCCACUGAAACGGAAGAGUGAAACAGCAAAUUAUGAACAGGGAGUUGGUGCACAGAUUGCAGGUUCUGGAAAUGCCAAUGUGAGUAGUUCAAUGCAGACACCAAUCUCAGGGAAAGCUGGAAAGUCACAGAAAGCACCUAAAUCUUCUGCUCAAGCAACCUCAAGUUUAGGAUUCCGUUCAGGCAAUAAUGUUACUCCAGUAGGUCCUUGCUGCUAUGACAACUCCUUGGGUUUCUUAACGAAGAAGUUCAUUAACCUGAUCAAACAUUCUGAAGAUGGAGUUCUAGAUCUGAACAAGGCUGCUGAUACAUUAGAGGUGAAGAAAAGGCGUCUAUAUGACGUCACAAGUGUCCUGGAAGGUAUUGGUCUGAUAGAAAAGAAAUCCCUAAACAUGAUACAAUGGAAGGGGUUAGAUGUCUCAAGACCAGGGGAAGUUGAUGAGAGUGUUACAAGUUUACAGGCAGAAGUAGAAAAUUUGACGAUUGAAGAAAGUAUAUUAGAUGAGCAGAUAAGAGAAAAGCAAGAAAGGUUGAGGGUCCUGAGUGAAGAUGAAAAUAAUCAAAGAUGGCUUUUUGUAACUGAAGAUGAUAUAAAGAGCUUACCUUGUCUUCAGAAUUACACACUGAUAGCUAUUAGAUUUCCACAUGGCACUAGUUUAGAAGUUCCAGAUCCUAACGAGGCUGUUGAUUAUCCACAAAGAAGAUACAGUAUAGUGAUUCGCAGCACCAUGGGACCAAUUGAUGUUUACCUAAUCAGUAAAUUCGAGGAGAAGUUCAAACAGAUAACUACUGUUGAGGAACCAUCAACCAUGCCUUCAACAUCAGGAUUCAUUGAGAAAGAAACUGCAGCAUUGCCUGUUGAUGAUGGCAGAGGAGUUGGUGUCGGGAUGGAAGAACAAGAAAACCAAAGAGAGUGUCCAGAUGCUGGUACUUCCCAGAACCCUGUGAGUGGAAUUAUAAAGAUUGUUCCCGAUUUUGAUAAUCAAGAAGAAGAUUACUUGUUUUUGUCAGAUGCCAAUGUUAGUAACACUGACAUGUGGACAGAGUCUGUUCGUGAUGCGUUGGACUCAAUUUAUGAGGAUUAUUCAAUUGCAGAUGUUAGAAGUCCACAUGCCCAAACACCCCCCUCCAGUACCACUGAACUAACUUCUGCAAAUACUACUGAAGCUGAGUAAUAUUUCCUGGCAUUUCUGUGUAUACUCGGGCUUUGUUUUCGUUGCAGUACUUGAGCUUGAUGUUCAAAAUGAUAAAUUCUCCUGCAGCAAAAUCUGUAUAAUAGUAGUUCUACAUUGAUUUGAUUCAUCCUCUGUAUAGUCCCUCGAUGAUCUACGUUGUACAGUUAGUAUAUAUCGUUUGUACUUGAAUUUCACAGUGUACUUGUUUUUUUCAUUCCAAUAAAUGGUGUCUUCAUGUGCUUCAAAAGUAAA